UUCGAAUAUGUCUGCCGUGUUUUUGACGUGUGGGCCGACAGCAUAGAAUAUACACUAGCCGUUAUAUGGGUCAUAUCUCUGUUUAUUUAUAGUAUAUUUUGUUACCUGUAUUGUGCGUUUGUUUUUAGUGUACACUUUCAAUUAUCCAGCGACUUGCCGAAGGAGCGGCCCGCCGUCCUGCUGCUGGGCGUCACCAGAAUACCAACGUCGCCGGUGCCGGCGCGCCGCCCCUGUUCCCUGCCCCUGCCCGACCCCAAGGCGCCCCUCUCCCGGAAGAACUCGCUGGUCGGCUCCAGGCGACAGCCGGUCGCACGCAGGAACUCGUCCACGAGACGACGGCGAUGUCCCGAUAGCGAGGCCGCGUCGCAGGACAACGACACGGAGGAGGCCAGCGCGACGCCGACGCCUGUGAUCAGCGUUGCGAUCACAUCGGCGGCGAUGGAGCGCUCCGUCGACUCGAUUGGAACGUGCUCGCUGGACGUGGAUACGUCAGCAGACAUCUCAGACUUCUCUGAGAUUUCAUCCGUUGGAACAUUGCGAAGCGCCAGCAUCACCCCGAUAGCCGAACCGCAUUUACCGUCUUAUUUGAGCCUUGCUUGCACCGUUAAUGGUUACUCCACGACCACGAACUACGAUCCGGUACGAUUGGCCCGUUCCAGAGAUGCUUCACCACACAGGAUCGAAGCUGAUUUGACAAAGAACCAUCCGACCUACAGUGUCCAAAAUAAUUUGUUGUCGCCGCCGAAUCUCGUUCCAUUGCCCACCCACAAAUCCAGCGGCGCCAAGAGCAAAACCAUGACGGAAAACACUCUGACCCACCACCACCAUCAGGAGUUCUACAGCUCCAAGUCUACUAGGUAUUCAAAUAUAUUUUCUAGUGAUACCAUAGACGCUUGUUUAGAAAAUGGACAUCCAACGUUCCAAACAUCAAAAUGCGUCAGUUUUGAAAGCAAAACCAUCACAAACAUCAACGGUCAAACGAAAACUACGUCGGAGUCGGUAAGACAGGAAUUCACCAACGGCCAAAGCAAGUCCUUCAUCCAGCAAAGAGUGGAACGAUUGUACGGGCCUGGUGCCUUAGCUCAAGGAUUCUUCGUCAGCAGGAGACUCAAGAAUCGUUUGUCGGAAUCAGAGACUGAAAGGGAACCGGAGAGAACCGACACCGGUAAACAUUCGAAGUCGAUGCAGGACCAAAUAUUAUUGGACGACGAUCUGGAACCGUCGAUGAAACAAUCGUCGAGCAGUCCCACGUUGCCGGUGUUGCGGCACCUGAGACCGGAGUUUAGGGCUCAGUUGCCCAUCAUCAGCCCCAGGAAGGAGGUAUCGAUGCCGAAGAGUAUUACAGUUCCUAAAUUGAAAGAUGAAGUCAAAGUAAACGGGCACACGGAGAACGGCGACGCUAAAAUUUCACUGGCUGCUCUUAAGGAUGUCUGCGUUAAGGAAGUCGAGAAGCCAGCACCCGCUGUUUCAGGUGAAAAGAAUGGGCACUAUUUCUUGCAGAUUUUAGAAGAACAAACUACUCGCCUUCUUGGCUUAGCCGAAAAGACUGAAAAAGAAUUAAGCACUCCCGAUUUGCCUGAGGAGAUUGUGGGCAAAAUUAGAUCUGCUGCUGGCAAAGCUAAACUUCUGGUGUCGCAGAAGAUGCAACAAUUCCGCGGACUCUGCACUAACAAUAUCAAUCAGAGUGAGGGCGAUGCAUUUCCUACUACCAAUGAGGACCUUGAAGGAUUUUGGGACAUGGUAAUGCUCCAAGUCAAUCAAGUUGAUGCUUUGUUUAACGAGUUGAACGCCUUGAAACAAAAUAACUGGAAGGAAAUCAAAGAGAAGAAUAAUAAACCAGUUGCAAGCAACUCGACUACUCGUACCACGACCCGCAAGACCAUCUCCAGGCCUAAUAUUAACGAAGAUGCCCGUAAGCAGCGUGAACUCGAACGCAAAAAGAUGAUCGAAGAGAAGAGGCGCGCCAUGAAGGCACAGCAGGGCCAAAGAGAUAUUGAAAUUUUCGUACCCGAAUCGAGCUGAAACCUGUUCGUUGUAUAGGUGAAAAAAAAAAAAAGACUCGGCAGUGUUUCGUUUUUGCACGAUAUUUAUAUAAUUCCUUAAUUAAUGCUCACCUGUAUAAUUACGUAUUCUGAUAUAAUAAAUUACAUUGUAACAUUUCUAUUAAUUAGUUAUUUUGUUUAUUAUUUUGUGGGACGUUAGCUGUCACAACCGAAACGCUAUUUGAGGAUUCGAUUGUUUUGUAAUCUGCGAAUUUUUGUGGCGCUACAUAUUAGAUUGGUCCCAAUUUCUGAUGCAUAAGUAUACAAAAACAACUUCCGCUACGCAAAAAUUUAUGUGUUUUUUAUAUUCGCUAUACAAUGUACACGUGUAAGUGAUACGAGCGUGAAUGCAUCAAGACUGAGUUGUAAAGUAAAAUAUUUUUAUGUCACUGUUACCUUUGUUCGUUUUUGUCGCAAUAAUAUUUUAUAAUGGUGAUAAAUAUGAAAUUUUACAUGUUGGAUGUACCAAAUUUUAUAUCUGUAUAUUUAUCUAUAUAUUGUAUUUCAUCUAAUUAUUUUUACAUUAUUGUUUUGGAACCUUGUGAAUAAGUACUACCAAUAUAACCAAAUAUUAAGUGAAAAAUACAUUCCCAGUGCUUUUAUAUCUUUUACUGGAGUUUGUCUUGAUUUUUUACCAUGACUACCUUUUUGUUAAGUGUUAUAGAUUGUUGAAAUUUUAAUGUUAUAGUUGGGUUCGUAAAGGAUAUUUUGUAAGAUUAGUUUGUAAUGAAUUUAAGAUAUAUUUAUUUAUUCUGCAGCUAAAUUUUCGAGCGAGUCAAUUUUUGUAUAUCUUAUUUAUUAUAUUAACAAUAUUUAAUAAAACGUUUAUAAAUGAA